AUGCCGCACAGAGAGGGAGGUGUUAAGGUCGUGUUGGUUGCAUUGGUUGAUUUGUUGUGUUACUGGCGUCUUGCGUUAUGCAUAGGUAAGCAGACCCCCUUGGAUUCUCGCUACAGCAGCGAUGAGAUGAAGAAGCUCUUUGGUGCUCGCAACCGCCAUUCUACUUGGCGCCAGCUUUGGCUCUGGCUGGCCGAGGCUGAGAAGGAAGUCGGCCUCGAGGGUAUCAGCGAUGAGGCUAUUGCUCAAAUGAAGGCGCACUUGAAGCUCACCGACAAGGAUUUUGAGAUUGCUGCCGUGGAGGAGAAGAGACGUCGUCACGACGUGAUGGCUCACGUACAUGCCUUCGGAGUCGCCGCCCCUGCCGCUGCGGGAAUCAUUCAUCUCGGGGCUACAUCCUGCUAUGUUACUGACAAUGCCGAGCUCAUAAUAAUGAGGGAUGCCAUGGACCUCCUCCUACCAAAACUCGCCAAAGUUGUUCAUAACCUCUCAGUCUUCGCCCUGGAGAACAAGGCCAUACCUACCCUCGGCUUCACCCACUUCCAGGCAGCCCAACUCAUCACUGUUGGUCGACGUGCAACCCAAUGGAUCCAGGAUUUGUUGAUGGAUCUCAAGAAUAUCGAAACUCAGCGCAGGGACCUUCUCUUCCGAGGUGCCACGGGCACUACUGGCACCCAGGCCUCAUUCCUCGAAAUCUUCCAUGGCGACGGGGCUAAAAUCGACAAGCUCAACGAGAUUCUCUGCGCCAAAGCCGGUUUCCCCAGGCAGUACGACAUCUCCGUUCAAACUUACUCUCGGAAGGUUGACCUUGACAUUUCUAAUGCCAUUUGUGGUCUCGGUUCUACGGCUAUGCAUAUCACCAAUGACAUCCGUCACCUGGCCAGUAUGAAAGAGCUCGAGGAACCUUUUGAGAAGGACCAGAUCGGAUCCAGCGCAAUGGCGUAUAAGCGAAACCCGAUGCGCUCGGAAAGAAUCUGCUCUCUGGGCCGCAAGCUGAGGUCGCUGCCGAUGAAUUUCGCUGAUACGUAUGCCGAUCAGUGGUUCGAAAGAACACUCGAUGAUAGCGCCAUUCGGAGAAUUGAUAUCCCCGAAAUGAUGCUGCUCGCUGAUGCUAUCCUCAUUGGCUUGGAUAACGUUACUUCUGGCUUGGUCGUCUACGAGGAGAAGAUCCGCGCUCACGUGAUGGAAGAGCUCCCAUUCAUGGCCACAGAGAACAUUAUUAUGAAGAUCGUCGCCAAUGGGGGCGAUCGCCAGAUAGCCCACGAAGAGAUCCGAGUCCUAUCCCACCAAGCCUCCGACGUCGUUAAGAAAGAAGGCGGGAAGAACGAUCUGAUCGCUCGCAUCAAGAGCACAAAGUAUUUCGAGCCGAUCUGGGCCGAGAUUGAUGGAUUGCUGGACCCGCGCCUGUUUAUCGGGAGGAGCGAGGAGAUUGUGGAGAAGUAUUGUAGGGAAGGGGGGCCGGUCAUGGAAAGGUUAGCGAAUUAUGUGGAACACAUUAAAAGUGCAGGAGUACAGCAGUUGAAUGUUUGA